AUGAUGGAGUUAUUAAAUUUGAAAGAAAAAUUCAAUCUUUACCGGUACAAUUUAGUGUGCCGUCGAUAUUACAUAAUAAUUCAGUAUAUUUUCUAUAAACUAAUCGGAUUGUCACCAUGGGUAGUGGAUACUUCUGCGAUACUUUCAAAAAAUCUGAAUCAUAUUGAAGAGAUAAAUCUAUGUGAAAUUUCAUACGUUGGAUCAUAUUAUAAUCUCUGUAUUUUUUCGUUCAUUGGUUUAUCAAAUAUUUAUUUUGAACUGAAUUCAUCAUUGCCUCACGCUCAAUCUGAUUCAAUAUUGACACCGGCAUUCAGAGCAAGGCUCAAAUUUAUUGCAAUAUUGUGUAUAAACUUUAUACCACUUAUUUACGUUUGUCGUCAGAAAAUAUUAAUUGCCGUCAUCAAUCGUUUGAAGACCACAGAUCAAAAAUUGAAAAAAUGCGAGAACUAUCUAUCAAAUAAGAAUAAUAAACACAUUUAUUUUAUAUUUAUGGUGAAAUUUCUAUGCUCUGCCACUUCGACAUCAAUUUUGUUACACCACUCAAAUUUUUCAUUCGUAACGUUGUUACUGAGAAUUUACCCUGAUUUCAUCGGAGGUUGGGUGAUGAUACAAUUUUCUACAUUACUAAAGGUUAUUAAUAAACGAUUCAAGAGUAUCAAUGCAACUAUCACAAAAUUGGACAAUAUUGUAAAUGAUCCGAAUCAAAUAAAGGUAUUGUCUGAAAAGGAAGUAUCUUUCAGGCAUGAAACAGAAAUCAUUAAACAUGCUUACGUUGAACUGUGUGAAGUAUGUGACAAUGUCGUUGACUUUUAUGGAUUACCCCUUUUGAUUUCAAUCAUUCACUACCUCACAAUAAAUAUUAUUCGACUUUACUUCAUAAUUUUGUCAGUACUCUCAAUAGCAUCUUAUGACAGAGUAAUUUAUAUAUGUAAUGGGAUAAAUUUUUCAUUGGCGAGUUUCAUAUUUUUGAUAUUAACUUCCAGUGUUACAGCUACAAUGAAAGAGAGUAAGAAAACAUUAAAAGUCAUCAGUCUACUGGUUAACCGAUGUCCAGUUGAUUCAAAAAUUGAAAAACAAUUGACUAAAUUUUCAAGUGACAUCUCACAUUUCCAAGUUGAAUUCACCGCUUGCGAUGUUAUACCAUUAGAUCGUAGGCUCCUGUUAAUGAUUGUUGGCACUAUUGCAAGCUAUCUUGUUAUUGUCGUUCAAUUUCGUAUCAAUUCACCUUCUAAUUAA